AUGAAGUUGCGCUCUGGUUGUCGGUUUGGAGUGGCCUCCCCAGGACGCAAAGCCAUGACCACUCUCACCUUACACUCUGGUCGGGCCAAACCACUCUCGCCCUACACAGGUGAGACUACUCUCACCCUUCGCUCGGGGGCGGGUCAGACCACUCUCACCCUUCACUCGGGGGCGGGUCAGACCACUCUCACCCUUCACUCGGGGGCGGAUCAGACCACUCUCACCCUUCACUCGGGGGCGGAUCAGACCACUCUCACCCUUCACUCGGGGGCGGGUCAGACCACUCUCACCCUUCACUCGGGGGCGGGUCAGACCACUCUCACCCUUCACUCGGGGGCGGGUCAGACCACCCUCACCCUUCACUCGGGGGCGGGUCAGACCACCCUCACCCUUCACUCGGGGGCGGGUCAGACCACUCUCACCCUUCACUCGGGGGCGGGUCAGACCACUCUCACCCUUCACUCGGGGGCGGGUCAGACCACCCUCGCCCUUCACUCGGGGGCGGGUCAGACCACCCUCGCCCUUCACUCGGGGGCGGGUCAGACCACCCUCACCCUUCACUCGGGGGCGGGUCAGACCACCCUCACCCUUCACUCGGGGGCGGGUCAGACCACCCUCGCCCUUCACUCGGGGGCGGGUCAGACCACCCUCACCCUUCACUCGGGGGCGGGUCAGACCACCCUCACCCUUCACUCGGGGGCGGGUCAGACCACCCUCACCCUUCACUCGGGGGCGGGUCAGACCACCCUCACCCUUCACUCGGGGGCGGGUCAGACCACCCUCGCCCUUCACUCGGGGGCGGGUCAGACCACCCUCGCCCUUCACUCGGGGGCGGGUCAGACCACCCUCGCCCUUCACUCGGGGGCGGGUCAGACCACCCUCGCCCUUCACUCGGGGGCGGGUCAGACCACCCCUCACCCUUCACUCGGGGGCGGGUCAGACCACCCUCGCCCUUCACUCGGGGGCGGGUCAGACCACCCUCGCCCUUCACUCGGGGGCGGGUCAGACCACCCUCGCCCUUCACUCGGGGUCGGGUCAGACCACUCUCACCCUUCACUCGGGGUCGGGUCAGACCACUCUCACCCUACACUCGGGUCGGGUCAGACCACUCUCACCCUACACUGA